CUGGCUGACCCUGGGGCCUGGCGGGGCCUGGGCCCGGGCCUGAGCCUGAGGCCUGGCUGGACCUGGAGCCUGGUGGGGUUUGGACCUGGGCCUGCAGCUUGGCUGUUGGAAGGCCGCCAUGACCAAGCUGGCUCAGUGGCUGUGCGCCCUGGCCCUGCUGGGCUCCGCUUGGGCCGCUCUGGCUCUGAGCCCGGCCGGCCUGCGGCUCCCGGAGCCGUUCCGACAGGCCCUGCUGCCUCUGCCCGUCUACCUGCUGGUGACCCUGGGCUGUUUCUCCUUGGCCGCCGUCGGCUUCCGCCUGGCCACCUUCAACGACUGCGAGGAGGCGGCGGCGGAGCUGCAGGAGCACAUCGCCAUGGCCAGGGCCGACCUGCGCCUGCGGGGGCUGCGCUUCCCACCCCAAUAAAACGGCGGGAUGGGG